GGCGGAUAUCACAUUACCAUGGUAACGGAAUAGCCACAGCUUGUGCGUUAGCAGCUAACUGUUAUGUGUCUGUGAGCAAACAGCGGGCAAAGUCGUCUUCUAUUCUUUACAGGAGCGUGCAGGUUCUUAUGCGGUCACGAUGUCCGCGGAUCUGGCUGGUGUGUGGGAGGUGGCGCUGAGCGAUGGAGUCCACAGGAUAGAGUUUGAACACGGCACGACCACCGGGAAGAGGGUCAUCUACGUCGAUGGAAAGGAGAUACUUAGACGGGACUGGAUGUUUAAGCUCGUGGGGAAGGAGGUGUUCAGCGUGGGCCAGUCAGAAACCAAAGCGACCAUCAACAUUGAUGCAGUCAGUGGAUUCGCCUACGAGUACACUUUGGAAAUCAAUGGGAAGAGCCUGAAGAAAUACAUGGAGAACAGGUCAAAGGUCACCAGCACCUGGGUGCUCAACUUGGAUGGCACAGACUGCAGAGUAGUGCUGGAGAAAGACACUAUGGAUGUUUGGUGUAAUGGACAAAACAUAGAAACUGCAGGUGAGUUCGUGGACGACGGCACGGAGACACACUUCACGCUCGGAGACCACAACUGCUGCGUGAAGGCCGUAAGCAGCGGCAAGAGACGAGACGGCAUCAUUCACACGCUGCUCGUGGACGGCACAGAAAUAGCCGAGUGCACAGAGUGACUUGCGCGCGCAUCCACAUCUGGGCCGGUUUACACGUGUGACUCUUCGUAGCCAUGGCUUUAGGGAUAGUCCUUUUUCAAUAUGUUGGUGUCAGGGACCAGCUGACAUAAAAAUAUGUUCUCAUAUUUUAUAAUGGGCAAGCUUUGGGGGAUAUAUUAGCCAUAUUGGUAAAGGCUGUGUGAUAGAAGUUGUAUAGUUAGCAGUGAAUUAUAUAAAGGACUUGCUGUUUGGGCAGCUGUAGAAGAGAAGUUGCAGACAUAUUUCGAUCACAAAUGGUGAUUUACUGUCAGUUUUUUGAGUAGUAAAUUCAGAUUAUCCCCUUCAACCUGGCUCACGUAGCCCUCUGCUAUUUUCACUUAAAUCUGCAAAUCACUCACUGCAUUCCAUGCUGCACGGUAGGAUUAAAUAUCAGGGUACAAGACUAUUCCUUGAAUGUAGCAUCAUUCCGGUGUGCACUGCUCAGGAGAGGAGUCAUAUUUGUUCAAUUCUGUUCUGUUGAGGUGCUCGGUGAUUUUAGUCUUAGUUCAGCCAUGUAAUUUUUAAGUUGUAUGUCAACAGCUUUUAGCACACUGCUGUGGAUGUGUCAAAAAUAUCCUAUAUGGUUUCACAGACAAUCAUAAAAUUAUUAUUAUGAUAUUACAGAUUAUGGCCACUGAUGACUGCGAAAUGGAGCUCAAAGCUCCAGUAAAAACUAUGUGGAACAUGA